CCACCUCAGGACGCAGAGAAGGCAGCUAGCGACUGGCUGCGACGGUGGCGGCGGCGGCGCUGGUGGCAGUUCGCGGCGAGGGCGACUGCUCCGAGGCCGAGUGACGAGCGGGCGGGGACCUCGGUUCCUUCUCCUGCUUGAUCCUCUGGGAGAUUGCUCACAGUGAAUCCGAAGUCAGUAUUCUGGAGAAGAACCAGAGAGUAAACAAAUCGAGUUUUGAAUUCCUUCUCUGCCACAUAAUAGCUGAAUGAAUAGGUGUGAUCAGCUGUUGUACCUUUUCCACUUUUGAAGAUGGUGAAGUUAGAUAUUCAUACUCUGGCCCAUCACCUCAAGCAGGAACGCCUGUAUGUAAACUCUGAGAAACAGCUCAUUCAGAGACUCAAUGCAGAUGUGCUUAAGACGGCAGAAAAGUUGUAUCGUACGGCAUGGAUUGCUAAACAGCAGAGAAUUAACUUGGACCGGCUUAUCAUAACCAGUGCUGAAGCUUCCCCUGCUGAAUGUUGCCAGCAUGCCAAGAUUUUGGAAGAUACACAGUUUGUUGAUGGAUAUAAGCAGUUGGGAUUUCAGGAGACUGCUUAUGGAGAAUUCUUGAGUCGAUUAAGGGAAAAUCCUCGUCUUAUUGCCUCCUCUCUGGUUGCUGGAGAGAAACUUAAUCAGGAGAACACACAAAGUGUUAUUUACACAGUUUUUACCUCCCUCUAUGGCAACUGCAUAAUGCAAGAAGAUGAAAGCUACCUCCUUCAGGUUUUGAGAUACUUGAUUGAAUUUGAGCUUAAAGAAAGUGAGAACCCCAGGCGACUUUUGAGGAGAGGAACUUGUGCCUUCAGCAUCUUAUUUAAACUUUUCUCUGAAGGACUAUUUUCUGCCAAACUUUUCCUCACAGCUACUUUACAUGAGCCAAUCAUGCAACUGCUUGUGGAAGAUGAAGAUCAUUUGGAAACUGACCCAAAUAAGCUAAUUGAGAGGUUCUCCCCAUCUCAACAGGAAAAACUCUUUGGAGAGAAAGGCUCGGAUCGAUUCAGGCAAAAGGUUCAAGAGAUGGUGGAUUCCAAUGAGGCCAAACUAGUGGCUCUGGUGAACAAAUUUAUCGGUUAUCUCAAACAGAACACAUACUGCUUCCCACAUAGUUUGAGGUGGAUCGUGUCGCAGAUGUACAAAACCCUCUCCUGUGUAGACAGGCUGGAGGUCGGGGAGGUCAGGGCAAUGUGCACUGACCUCCUGCUGGCCUACUUCAUCUGCCCCGCAGUUGUCAGUCCGGAGCAGUACGGGAUCAUUUCCGAUGCUCCUAUUAACGAGGUGGCAAGAUUCAAUCUGAUGCAGGUUGGCCGCCUUUUGCAACAGUUAGCAAUGACUGGCUCUGAAGAGGGAGAUCCCCGGACAAAGAGCAGCCUUGGAAAAUUUGACAAAAGCUGUGUUGCUGCUUUCCUUGAUGUUGUGAUUGGGGGCCGGGCAGUGGAGACCCCGCCAAUGUCCCCUGUUAAUCUUCUGGAAGGGUUGAGCAGAACUGUGGUUUAUAUAACCUACAGUCAACUUAUUACUCUGGUGAAUUUUAUGAAGAGUGUGAUGUCUGGAGAUCAACUGAGAGAAGAUAGAAUGGCUCUUGACAAUUUAUUGGCAAACCUACCCCAGGCCAAGCCAUGGAAGAGCAGCAGUUUGGAAAUGACUCCCUACAGUACUCCUCAGCUGUCUCCGGCAACCACUCCAGCGAAUAAAAAGAAUCGAUUGCCUAUAGCAACUCGAAGCAGAAGCCGUACCAAUGUGCUAAUGGACUUACAUAUGGACCAUGAAGGAUCAUCUCAAGAAACCAUCCAGGAAGUGCAGCCAGAAGAAGUGUUGGUCAUUUCCUUAGGGACAGGUCCCCAGCUGACUCCAGGGAUGAUGUCAGAAAAUGAGGUCCUAAACAUGCAACUCUCGGAUGGAGGACAAGGAGAUGUCCCUGUCGAUGAAAACAAACUCCACGGUAAACCUGAUAAAACCUUGCGCUUUUCCCUCUGCAGUGAUAAUCUGGAAGGAAUAUCUGAAGGUCCUUCAAAUCGCUCCAAUUCAGUGUCCUCUCUAGACCUGGAAGGAGAGUCUGUAUCAGAACUUGGAGCAGGACCCUCUGGGAGUAAUGGAGUUGAAGCUCUACAGCUAUUGGAGCAUGAGCAAGCUACAACACAAGAUAAUCUUGAUGAUAAGCUGAGGAAGUUUGAAAUUCGUGACAUGAUGGGACUGACAGAUGAUAGGGAUAUAUCAGAAACAGUGAGUGAGACCUGGAGUACGGAUGUCUUGGGAAGUGAUUUUGACCCUAACAUUGAUGAAGAUCGCUUGCAAGAGAUUGCAGGUGCAGCAGCAGAGAACAUGUUAGGCAGUUUACUGUGCCUGCCAGGUUCAGGGUCAGUACUUCUUGACCACUGCACUGGUUCUACCAUAUCAGAGACAACAAGCGAAGCUUGGAGUGUAGAGGUUUUGCCAAGUGACUCAGAGGCCCCAGAUCUGAAGCAGGAGGAGCGCCUGCAGGAGCUCGAGAGCUGUUCUGGACUGGGCAGCACCUCUGAUGAUACGGAUGUCAGGGAGGUCAGUUCCCGCCCCAGCACACCAGGCCUCAGUGUUGUGUCGGGCAUAAGUGCAACCUCUGAGGAUAUUCCCAAUAAGAUUGAAGACCUGAGAUCGGAGUGCAGCUCUGACUUUGGGGGUAAAGAUUCUGUCACUAGUCCAGACAUGGAUGAAGUAACCCAUGGUGCCCACCAGCUGACCUCCCCCCCUUCUCAGUCGGAGUCUCUGCUUGCCAUGUUCGACCCACUGUCUUCACAUGAAGGGGCUUCUGCUGUGGUAAGGCCCAAGGUUCACUAUGCCAGGCCAUCACACCCACCACCAGACCCCCCGAUCCUGGAAGGAGCUGUGGGAGGAAAUGAGGCCAGGCUGCCAAACAUUGGCUCCCAUGUCUUAACGCCAGCUGAAAUGGAGGCAUUCAAGCAAAGGCACUCCUACCCUGAGAGACUAGUUCGCAGCAGGAGCUCUGAUAUAGUGUCUUCUGUCCGGAGACCCAUGAGUGACCCCAGCUGGAACCGACGCCCAGGGAAUGAAGAGCGAGAGCUCCCUCCAGCCGCAGCCAUUGGUGCUACUUCUUUGGUGGCUGCACCUCAUUCAUCAUCUUCAUCCCCGAGUAAGGACUCCUCAAGAGGAGAGACUGAAGAACGCAAAGAUAGCGAUGAUGAGAAAUCAGACAGGAACAGACCUUGGUGGAGAAAACGUUUUGUUUCUGCCAUGCCUAAAGCUCCUAUACCAUUUAGAAAGAAAGAAAAACAAGAAAAAGACAAAGAUGAUCUGGGGCCUGACAGAUUCUCAACACUCACAGAUGAUCCCAGCCCUAGACUCAGUGCCCAGGCUCAGGCCGCUGAGGACAUUCUAGACAAGUACAGGAACGCCAUCAAACGAACCAGCCCCAGUGAAGGAGCAUUGGCCAACUACGAGAGUGCAGAGGUUAUGGGUGAUGGGGAAAGUGCACAUGAUUCUCCUCGAGAUGACACACUGCAAAACAUCUCAGCCGAUGACCUGCCAGACUCCGCGAGCCAAGCGGCCCAGCCUCAGGACUCAGCCUUCUCUUACAGAGAUGCAAAAAAGAAACUGAGGCUGGCUCUUUGCUCUGCGGACUCUGUGGCUUUCCCAGUGCUAACCCAUUCAACAAGGAACGGUCUGCCCGACCACACAGACCCAGAAGACAAUGAAAUCGUAUGCUUCUUAAAAGUUCAAAUAGCUGAAGCAAUUAAUUUACAAGAUAAGAACUUAAUGGCUCAACUCCAAGAAACAAUGCGCUGUGUGUGCCGCUUCGAUAACAGGACGUGCAGGAAACUGCUGGCCUCCAUCGCCGAGGACUACAGGAAAAGAGCCCCCUAUAUUGCUUACCUCACUCGCUGUCGACAAGGACUGCAGACCACGCAGGCUCAUCUGGAAAGGCUGCUGCAAAGGGUUUUGCGGGACAAGGAGGUGGCCAAUCGGUACUUUACCACCGUCUGUGUGAGGCUGCUGCUGGAGAGCAAAGAGAAGAAGAUCAGGGAGUUCAUUCAAGACUUUCAGAAACUCACAGCAGCUGAUGAUAAAACUGCUCAGGUAGAAGAUUUCCUAAAGUACCUUUACGGCGUGAUGGCCCAGGACGUCAUAUGGCAAAACGCGAGCGAGGAGCAGCUUCAGGAUGCGCAGCUGGCCAUCGAGCGGAGCGUGAUGAACCGGAUUUUCAAGCUUGCUUUCUACCCUAACCAGGACGGGGACACACUUCGUGACCAGGUCCUGCACGAGCACAUCCAGAGGUUGUCGAAAGUAGUGACUGCGAACCACAGAGCUCUGCAGAUCCCAGAGGUGUACCUUCGGGAGGCGCCGUGGCCGUCGGCACAGUCAGAGAUCAGGACCAUAAGCGCUUACAAGACCCCCCGGGACAAAGUGCAGUGCAUCCUGCGAAUGUGCUCCACCAUCAUGAACCUCCUGAGUCUGGCCAACGAGGACUCCGUCCCGGGAGCGGAUGACUUCGUCCCCGUCCUGGUGUUCGUGCUGAUAAAGGCAAACCCACCCUGCCUGCUGUCCACUGUUCAGUACAUCAGCAGCUUUUACGCCGGCUGCCUGACCGGGGAGGAGUCCUACUGGUGGAUGCAGUUCACCGCGGCCGUGGAGUUCAUCAAAACCAUUGAUGACCGGAAGUGACUGAGACCCGGCCUCCGAGACGGCCGGCUGUUAGGCGGGUGGACAGGUGUCUAAGAAAAUGUACCAGCUGCUUCGAAGGCUGAAGAUUGUUUUGUAUAAUGUUGUACAGCAUUCAGACAUUUUAAAACAGAUCUUUACUAAACAGAUUAAUGAGCUAACAAGCAGGUUCUCUUUUCUUUGGGCUCUUUUCCUUUCUGAGUUGCAUUUUUUAUUUUCUCGUCCCCAAAUAGAGAAUAGUAUUGCAAAAAGGGACCACAUUUUUCAGGUAUUUGAAAUACUAAAAAACUAAGCAAAAUCUCCUAGAAAAUUUCUAGAUCUCCAUUCAUGGAUAGCCGUUCCUUCCUUUUAUUUAACAAAAAAAGAACAGUGUGUCUCUCCAAAGAUGCCGUCGAACCCACAGACGUGCGGGGAGGGGAUGCGGUCUGCACCGAGGGCUGUGGCGGUCGUGGCAGUCCCUACAAACACACUCACCUAAGUCGCAAAGCUAAGAAGGAAAUGUAAAUAUAAUAUAUAUUUAUAUUUGAUGUAAUAUGGACAUCUUCGGAUUCUAAUAAACAAGGGAUGUUGCUGGUA